GACAGGAGAGAGAACGUGUCCUCGGGUUCCUGCUUUUCGCAGCAGCGUGACCGGAGUCCCUGCGUGUGCUGCGGGAGCUGGCGGGAGGCAACAUGAAGUUCAGAGGCGCGGGUGCGGGGGCGAACGGCCUUCGGCUGACCAUGGAGAGCGCUCUGACCGCCCGCGACCGCGUCGGGGUGCAGGAUUUUGUCCUGCUUGAGAACUUCACCAGCGAAGCCGCCUUUAUUGAAAACCUGCGUAAGCGCUUCAAGGAGAACCUGAUCUAUACAUACAUCGGCUCGGUUCUGGUGUCUGUUAAUCCAUACAAGGAACUGGAAAUCUACAGCAAACAGAACAUGGAGCGGUACCGUGGUGUCAGCUUCUAUGAAGUGUCUCCUCACCUCUACGCCAUCGCCGACAACUCCUACCGCUCCCUGCGCACGGAGAGGAAAGACCAGUGUAUUCUGAUCUCUGGCGAGAGCGGGGCUGGCAAGACGGAGGCCACCAAGAAGAUCCUGCAGUACUACGCCGUGACCUGUCCCGCCAGCCAGCAGGUCGAAACCGUGAAGGACCGCCUGUUACAGUCCAACCCCGUCCUGGAGGCCUUUGGAAAUGCAAAAACCCUUAAGAAUGACAACUCCAGCCGAUUUGGGAAAUACAUGGAUGUGCAGUUUGAUUACAGGGGGGCUCCUGUUGGGGGCCACAUCUUGAACUACCUCCUGGAGAAAUCCCGAGUAGUCCAUCAGAAUCAUGGAGAGAGGAACUUCCACAUUUUCUACCAGCUGCUAGAAGGAGGGGAGGAGGACUUACUUCGGAGGCUGGGCCUCGAGAAGAGCCCACAGCAGUAUCACUAUUUAGUAAAGGGUCACUGUGCAAGGGUCAGUUCCAUAAAUGAUAAAAAUGAUUGGAAGAUUGUGCGAAGAGCCCUGUCCGUGAUCGGCUUCAAUGACAACGAGGUGGAGGACUUGCUGAGCAUCGUGGCUAGCGUGCUGCAUCUGGGGAACGUGCAGUUUGCUGCCGACGAGCAGGGCAGUGCUCAGGUCACUACAGAGAACCAGAUCAAGUACCUGGCCAGGCUUCUGGCAGUCGAAGGCUCUGUUCUUCGAGACGCGUUGACCCACAAGAAGAUCAUAGCGAAAGGGGAAGAGUUGGUCAGUCCUCUGAACCUGGAGCAGGCAGCCUACGCACGGGACGCGCUUGCCAAGGCCAUCUACGGGCGCACUUUCUCCUGGCUGGUGAACAAGGUUAACAAGUCUCUGGCGUACAAGGAAGGAGAGUUCCCAGGCUGGAGAAGCACGACAGUUCUAGGAUUGCUCGAUAUCUAUGGAUUUGAGGUUUUCCAGCACAACAGCUUUGAGCAAUUUUGUAUUAAUUAUUGUAAUGAAAAAUUGCAGCAGCUCUUCAUAGAGCUCACGUUAAAGUCAGAGCAAGAGGAGUACGAGUCAGAAGGCAUAGCGUGGGAACCAGUUCAGUAUUUCAAUAACAAAAUCAUUUGCGACUUGGUGGAAGAGAAAUUCAAAGGCAUCAUUUCUAUUCUGGAUGAAGAGUGUCUGAGACCGGGGGGUGCCACCGAUAUGACAUUCUUGGAGAAACUGGAGGAAACGGUGAAGAACCACCCUCACUUUCUCACGCACAAACUCGCUGACCAGAAGACUCGCAAGUCCCUGGGGCGGGAGGAGUUUCAGCUGCACCACUACGCGGGGGGCGUCAUCUACAGCGUCGCAGGUUUUCUGGAUAAAAACAACGACCUUCUCUUUCGCAACCUGAAGGAGACCAUGUGCAACUCCGAGAACCCCAUCAUCAACCAGUGUUUUGACAGGACGGAGCUGACAGACAAGAAGCGACCGGAAACGGCAGCAACUCAGUUUAAGAACAGCCUCUCCAAGCUGAUGGAAAUCCUGAUGUCCAAAGAGCCCUCCUACAUCCGCUGCAUAAAACCCAACGACACUAAACAGGCUGAUCAGUUCAAUGAAGUCCAGAUCCGCCACCAAGUGAAGUACCUGGGGUUGAUGGAGAACCUCAGGGUGCGCAGGGCUGGGUUUGCCUAUCGAAGAAAAUACGAGGUUUUCCUGCAGAGGUACAAAUCGCUCUGUCCAGAAACGUGGCCGACGUGGGACGGCCGGCCAUGGGGUGUUUUUUUGGGCUACAAACCGGAAGAAUACAAAAUGGGACGAACAAAGAUUUUUAUCCGCUUUCCCAAGACCUUGUUCGCAACGGAAGAUGCUCUGGAAGUGCGGAAGCAGAGCCUGGCCACAAAGAUGCAGGCCACGUGGAGAGGCUUCUACCAUCGGAAGAAAUUCCUGGGCAUGAAGCGCUCAGCCAUAGCCAUCCAGUCCUGGUGGCGGGGAACGCUGGGGCGCCGAAAAGCUGCCAAGAAGAAGUGGGCGGUACAGACCAUCAGAAGGUUCAUUAAAGGUUUUAUUUACCGGAACCACCCUCGCUGCCCAGAGAACGAGUAUUUCUUUGACUACAUCCGCUUCGCCUUCCUGAUGAACCUCAGGCGGAAUCUACCCCGGACGGUUUUGAACAAGUCGUGGCCCACUCCUCCUCCGUCGCUCUGCGAGGCGUCCCAGCUCCUGCGGCAGCUCUGCAUGCAGAACAUGGUCUGGACCUACUGCAAGCGAAUCAGUCCCGAGUGGAAGCAGCAGCUGGAACAGAAAGUAAUCGCCAGCGAGAUUUUUAAGGGCAAAAAAGACAAUUACCCUCAGAGCGUUCCUAGACUCUUCAUCAACACCCGGCUUGGUAAUGAAGAAAUAAAUGCCAGGGUCCUUCAGGCUCUAGGCAGCGAAGCCAUUAAGUACGCAGUUCCCGUGGUCAAGUACGACCGGAAGGGAUACAAAGCAAGAGCGCGGCAGCUGCUGCUUACCCAGAGCGCGGCCGUCAUAGCUGAAGAGUCCAAGAUCAAGCAACGGAUCAACUACGCCGACCUGACAGGCAUCUCCGUCAGCAGCCUGAGCGACAACCUGUUCGUGCUGCACGUGCACUGCGAGGACAACAAGCAGAAGGGAGACGUCGUACUCCAGAGCGACCACGUCAUCGAGACCUUGACCAAAACGGCCGUGCAGGCGGGCAAAGUCAACAACGUCAACAUCAACNNNNACAGCAUCAAGUUCGCAGUUGGGCAGGGCAAAGAGGGCAUCAUCGACUUCAUCUCGGGGUCAGAACUGCUCAUCGCCAAAGCCAAGAACGGCCAUCUAACG